AUGGAAGAUCAACUUGUUACUAUUCAAGCACUUGAUUAGUAAAUUCAGAUUCCAGUACUUGUCAGAUUAAUGUCUCCAGCAUUAGAUUAGCAUUUGAUAAAAACACCUGAUGAACCAUAUUAGUUACAAGAUUUUCCAGCCAAGUAUAUUUCCAAAGCUGCAGAUUAUUGCCGCAUUUUUGAUUACAAAAAAUUAGAUACAACAAUUGAGUUCCCAAUGGCAUCUCGUAAAAUAGAGGAUAAUGCUCAGUAAUAUGAGGUGGAAUUCAUCUUACCGUAUAUUAAUAAUUUUGAUGACCUGAUUACUCUUUUUAAGCUAGCUAAACAAAUGCAGAUAAAAGCUUUAUAUGAGCUCUGUGCUGCUUCAAUAGCAUCAUACUUUAGAAAUAGGUCAUUUGAGGACAUUAAAAGGGAGCUUAUUUAUCAAGGAGAAUUUAAUGCCAAUUCUUAGAACCAAUAAUAAAGCUUUAUGAUUCUCUAAUAGCAAUAUUAUCUAGAGGAGUAAAAGAGAAGAUAAUAAUAGCUUUAAUAGCAGCAAUAAGUCUAGCCGCAAUAGGUUCCUUAAGAUGGAGAAUUAAUCAAAGAGAAUUGA